AUGACUGCUCUGUCGCAGGAGGAGAUUUUGCAGAGCACACGUACGGGAUUGAAUGCCGACGAAUCGGCACUGAUCGAGGAGAAGGCACACAUUGUGGACAGGAAUCUGGAGAUGCUUCGUCUCGGCAUCGAAGAAGCACAGGUGAUGGUUGCGUUAGCGGGGCAUCUGCAGACUGUUGAAGCGGAGAAGCAAAAAUUAAAAGCACAGGUGCGAAGGUUGUGUCAGGAGAAUGCAUGGCUCAGGGACGAACUGAAUUCCACACAGCAAAAACUACAAGCCAGUGGACAGCAAGUGGCACAACUGGAGGAAGAAAAGAAGCACUUGGAGUAUAUGAAUUCGAUAAAAAAAUACGAUGACCAAGAGGAAAAUGAUAAGAGUGUGGAUCAUAGUGACACUCGCAAUGACAAUACCCUGCAGGAUCUAGGCUUUGGCCCGGAAGAGGACGAAGAAAUGAGUGGUAAAGAACCAACAUUUCCUUAUAAAAUUGAUUUGCAGGACAUAUGGCCGGACAGUUUGCUCAUCCAACACCGGCGCAUUCGAUGGCUGCAAGUGAUCCAGUAUGCAUCGCAAGGAAGAUACGAAGUAGCGGUACCGUUGUGCAAGCAAGCUUUGGAGGACCUGGAGAAGACCAGUGGACACGAUCAUCCGGACGUUGCCACCAUGCUCAAUAUUCUUGCGCUUGUUUAUCGUGACCAAAACAAGUAUAAGGAAGCAGCAAAUUUGCUGAACGAAGCGCUGCAUAUCCGUGAGAAAUGUCUCGGUGAAAGUCAUCCUGCUGUUGCCGCAACACUAAACAAUCUUGCCGUACUGUACGGAAAACGGGGCAAAUAUAAGGACGCUGAACCGCUGUGCAAGAGAGCGCUAGAAAUUCGUGAAAAUGUGCUUGGUGCAGAUCAUCCGGAUGUCGCAAAACAGCUGAACAAUCUUGCUUUGCUUUGUCAAAAUCAAGGCAAAUAUGAUGAAGUUGAACGGUAUUAUAAGCGAGCGCUUGAGAUCUAUGAAGCGAAAUUAGGCCCUGAUGAUCCAAAUGUGGCGAAAACCAAGAACAAUCUCUCAUCUGCUUAUCUCAAACAAGGCAAAUACAAGGACGCGGAAAUUCUUUACAAGCAGAUACUGACUCGAGCGCAUGAGCGUGAAUUUGGUAAGAUAGCCGACGAUAACAAGCCAAUUUGGCAGAUUGCUGAAGAUCGUGAAGAACAUAAACAUAAAGGUGAUGACACAAGCACGUAUCAAGAAUAUGGCGGAUGGCAUAAAGCUGCAAAAGUUGAUAGCCCAACGGUCACCACCACAUUAAAAAAUCUCGGAGCGUUAUACAGACGACAAGGCAAAUAUGAAGCAGCAGAAACUCUUGAAGAUGCAGCACUCCGGGCCAAAAAACAAACUUCGGCACUUUCGUUUGGCUAG